AUGUCUACUGUUUCUGCUUCGAAAGCAAAAAGAGAGGCCAAGAAGGCUGCCAAGGCCGCCGAGGGAAAGCUCAAGACCAAGAAGCUGACAAAGAAGGAAAAGGAAAAGCUUGAGUCUGGCGGAGAUGCGUCUUCAGCUGCAGAUGAGAUCGAAAAGCUCAAGUUGCAACAGGACAAGGACGGAUUGAGUGACAGAGUUACCACUGGUGUGCUGGACUCCCUGGAGACCUCCAGAGAUAUCAAGAUGUCGUCUGUGUCUCUUCUUUUCCACGGUAAAGUGCUUUUGCAAGACUCCUCUUUGGAAUUGAACUAUGGUAGACGUUAUGGGUUGCUUGGAGAGAAUGGUUGCGGCAAGUCCACUUUCCUGAGAGCUCUGGCCGCCAGGGAGUAUCCAAUUCCAGAGCACAUCGAUGUUUAUUUAUUGAACGAGCCAGCCAAUGCUUCUGAGUACUCUGCCCUGGACUGGGUUGUGAGAGAGGCCGAGUCCGAGCUCGCUCGUUUGGAAAAAGAAGUCGAGGAUAUUAUUGUCAACGACGGACCAGAAUCGCCACUGUUGGAGCCACUGUACGAGAAGAUCGACGAGAUGGACCCAUCCACUUUCGAGGCCAGAGCCGCUGUCAUUCUCACAGGUCUGGGCUUCAACGCUCAGACAAUUAAAAAGAAGACCAAGGACAUGUCUGGUGGAUGGAGAAUGAGAGUUGCUCUUGCCAAGGCCCUGUUCGUCAAGCCUACGUUGCUGCUGUUGGACGACCCUACCGCCCACUUGGACCUGGAGGCCUGUGUGUGGUUGGAGGAGUAUCUGAAGCUUUUUGAUAAAACUUUGAUUCUUGUCUCGCACUCCGAGGACUUUUUGAACGGUGUUUGCACCAACAUGAUCGACAUGAGAAUGAAGAAAAUAACCCAGUACGGUGGUAACUACGACGCCUACGUUAAGACGAGAACCGAGCUGGAGACCAACCAAAUGAAACAAUACUACAAACAGCAAGAAGAAAUCCAGCACAUCAAGAAAUUCAUUGCUUCUGCAGGUACCUAUGCAAACCUGGUGAGACAGGCCAAGUCCAGACAGAAAAUCCUUGACAAGAUGGAAGCCGACGGUCUGAUCCAGCCAGUGGUUCCAGACAAGGUUUUCACGUUCAAGUUCCCAGAGGUGGAAAGACUUCCUCCACCGGUGCUUUCUUUCGAUGACAUCUCGUUCGCUUACGACGGCAACCCAGAACAUUACCUGUACAAGGACCUUUCGUUCGGAGUCGACAUGGACUCGAGAAUCGCACUGGUCGGACCAAACGGUGUGGGUAAGUCCACGCUGUUGAAGCUUAUGACGGGUGAGCUUCAGCCCCAGAAGGGAAGAGUGUCCAAGCACACCCACUUGAAGAUCGGUGUGUAUUCGCAGCACUCUGCUGACCAGCUCGACCUCACCAAAACGCCUUUGGAGUUUGUCAGAGAUAAAUUUUCGCACAUUUCCCAGGACUUCCAGUACUGGAGAGGCCAACUGGGAAGAUUUGGUUUGACCGGUGAAGGUCAAACCUCGCAGAUGGCUACCUUGUCCGAGGGACAGAGAUCCAGAGUGGUGUUUGCUCUGUUGGCCCUCGAACAUCCUAAUGUUUUGUUGCUGGACGAGCCUACCAACGGUUUGGACAUCCCAACAAUCGAUUCUCUGGCCGAGGCCAUCAACAGCUUCAACGGAGGUGUUUGUGUCGUGUCCCACGAUUUCAGGUUGCUGGACAAAAUUGCAAAGGAUAUCUACGUUGUUGAGAACCAAACGGCUACCAGAUGGGAUGGUACUAUCGGGCAAUAUAAGGCCAAGCUGGCCAAGAAUAUUGUGCUGUAA